CUGUCCUCUCUCUCUCUCUCUCGCUCUCUCUCUCUCUCACUUGGGAGAUACUCCAAAGAGAGGAGUGCAAGGGGAACUCCCUCUGCAGCGAAGGAACCACCCAAAGCUGCGAUCUUCCGCUACCAGAAUUCGAGGGCGAUUGAUAUCUGUUAGGGUUUCCAAGGUUGGGGAUGGGAGAUGCCGAAGGGAUUGGCAUUUUAUCGGCGCUUGAGUGAUCGCUUCCGAUACCUUUUUCGUUGCGUGCUGGAUUGUGCUACAUUUGCUGGCAGAAAGACUGGAUUUUGACGCUGUUUCGGCACACAGUUCUCCAAUGGCACACUAGAUAUCUUUCGCUCAAGCUACAAGGUGGAUGGUGGAGAUUUAUUCCAGAUAUAUGGAGCAAACUUCAUGUUAUGUUGGUCUACAACUAGACACUGUCCUGUCUCUGGAUUAGUGACAACUAGUACAAUUCCCAAACCCUUAUUUGAAGAGCAACAUAAAAUGCCUGGUGGCCAGGAUGUUGAGCCAUCUUCUCGACAACCUUCACCUUUACAGAUGCCUAAGCCAAGUAGACCAGGACCUAACACACCAAGCAGAUUGCCAAAGUUGGUUCAGGAGGACACACCAAUGCAAAGAACUACUGAGGUCUUAGAAUGUCAAAAAUCAGAUCACGUUCAUAAGGGACCUGUCGAACCUUUGUUUGAUGGGAUAUCUGCAAAGACAACCAAACAUUCAGGGACCAGUGACUUUGAUGCAUUCUCUGACAAUCUGAAACAGUUAAAUAUACAAGAUGGAUCCAUAGAGCUACUUCAGUUGAAUAGGACUAUAAGCUUGGAAGCAAUUAGGGGUACAGAAAAGGAAAACUCAGAGAAGGGAAAUAUGAAAUAUAACUCAGUUUCUGCUGAACUUAGUGAGGGCACCAACAGUUUUACAAGGACUAGCGGAAGUGCUAAGGUUAAUAGCCAGGUUGAGAGUGGAAAGAAUAGUACUUGCAGGGCCAGUGCAAGUAGUGAUGUCAGUGAUGAAAGCAGUGGUAGCAACAUAAGCAGCACCAUUAACAAGCCUCACAAAGCAAACGACUCAAGAUGGGAAGCAAUUCAGGUGAUCCGUGCUAGAGAUGGGGUUCUUGGUUUAGGCCAUUUCAGACUGCUUAAGAGAUUGGGCUCUGGAGAUAUAGGCACUGUUUACUUGUCAGAGUUGGCUGGGACAAAAUGCUAUUUUGCUAUGAAGGUGAUGGACAAAAUAUCUCUAGCUAGUCGUAGAAAACUUCUUAGAGCUCAGAUGGAAAGGGAGAUAUUGCAAUGCCUUGAUCACCCAUUUCUUCCAACGUUAUAUACCCACUUUGAGUCAGAAAAAUUCUCUUGUUUGGUGAUGGAAUAUUGUCCUGGAGGAGAUCUGCACACCCUUCGGCAGAGGCAACCUGGAAAAUAUUUUUCAGAACAAGCAGUCAAGUUCUACAUAGCAGAGGUCCUCCUUGCUUUGGAAUACCUACAUAUGCUUGGCAUCAUCUAUCGUGACCUGAAGCCAGAGAAUGUCCUCGUUCGAGAAGAUGGUCACAUCAUGCUUUCAGACUUUGACCUCUCCCUUCGCUGUACUGUCAGUCCCACCCUUAUUAAGUCUUCCAAUCCUGACUCUGAUUCCUUUAGAAGAAACAACCCUGCCUACUGUGUCCAACCUGCUUGCGUUGAACCAUCCUGCAUCCAGCCUUCCUGUGUGGCCCCAACUACGUGCUUCUCCCCACGACUAUUCUCCUCCAAGUCCAAGAAGGAGCGGAAGCAGAAGCUUGAGAUUGGAAAUCAGAUUAGCCCAUUGCCUGAGCUCAUUGCAGAGCCUACUGAUGCCAGGUCCAUGUCAUUUGUUGGUACUCAUGAAUACUUGGCUCCUGAGAUCAUCAAGGGGGAGGGCCAUGGCAGUGCUGUGGACUGGUGGACCUUUGGUAUCUUCCUGUAUGAGCUUUUAUUUGGAAAGACUCCCUUUAAGGGGUCUGGGAACCGAGCUACACUGUUCAAUGUGAUUGGUCAGCCCUUGAGGUUUCCAGAGUCUCCAGUUGUGAGUUUUGCUGCUAGAGAUCUUAUAAGGGGAUUGCUAGUGAAGGAGCCACAGCACCGGCUUGCUUAUAAGCGUGGCGCUACAGAGAUAAAGCAACACCCAUUCUUUGAGGGUGUCAAUUGGGCCUUGAUUAGAUGUGCAAGCCCUCCUGAGGUCCCGAAACAUGUCUCAAUUGAGAGGUUCAUGGGGACUGUGGCAUCAACAAGCCAGAAGUCCAACGCCACAUCCGGAAAAGGUUCAGAUAACUAUCUGGAAUUUGAUUUCUUCUAGUGCCAUAUUCUUAACUUCAAUUUGUUGUAUUAUGGCGAGUUGUAGAGUUUCUAAGCUCAUCCUAGAAGGAUCAGUGAUUUUCAAUACAAGUUGUUAUUCUGAUUGUAUUUCUUUUUACGUCCUAGUUGACUGUUUCAGUUGCAAAUCUAUAUUUAGAAAAAGCUGAGAUGUCCUCA